CCCAGACCCAGCCCGGGGACGCGAGCGGCCGCGGCGCAGCGGAAGCGGGGGCCAGGGGAAGGAGGCGGGGGGCGGCGCUAGGAGCCGGCGGGGCCCGACGAGAGUCACCGUGUCACGGCGCCCGGGAAGCUGCUGGAUCCGCCCCCUGGAGAGGCCGGGGCCGCCGCAACCGACCCCCCGCGCCCGCCGCCUCCUGCCCGCGCCGGGCUUAGCGCGCGGGGCCCAGGCCGAGCGGCGCCGAGCAGCCAGGGGAGCCCGGGACGGGCCUGGGCCGCCGCCUCUGAACUAGGAUGUCCCGACAUGAAGGUGUCAGCUGCGAUGCAUGUUUAAAAGGAAAUUUUCGAGGUCGCAGAUACAAGUGUUUAAUUUGCUACGAUUACGAUCUGUGUGCAUCCUGUUAUGAAAGUGGUGCAACGACAACAAGGCAUACAACUGACCAUCCAAUGCAGUGCAUACUAACAAGGGUAGAUUUUGAUUUGUACUAUGGUGGAGAAGCUUUCUCUGUAGAGCAGCCACAGUCUUUUACUUGUCCUUAUUGUGGAAAAAUGGGUUAUACGGAAACAUCUCUUCAAGAACAUGUUACUUCCGAGCAUGCAGAAACAUCAACAGAAGUGAUUUGUCCAAUAUGUGCAGCGUUACCUGGAGGGGAUCCUAAUCAUGUCACAGAUGACUUUGCAGCACAUCUUACACUGGAACACAGAGCUCCUAGAGAUUUAGAUGAGUCCAGCGGUGUUCGGCAUGUGCGUAGAAUGUUUCACCCAGGCCGGGGGUUGGGAGGCCCUCGCGCACGUAGAUCAAACAUGCACUUUACUAGCAGUUCCACUGGUGGGCUUUCAUCUUCGCAGAGUUCAUAUUCUCCAAGCAAUAGGGAAGCUAUGGAUCCUAUAGCUGAGCUUUUAUCUCAGUUAUCAGGCGUGAGGCGUUCUGCAGGAGGACAGCUCAAUUCCUCUGGCCCUUCCGCUUCUCAGUUACAGCAGUUGCAGAUGCAACUGCAGUUAGAACGACAACACGCACAGGCAGCACGACAACAGCUGGAGACAGCACGCAACGCAACCAGACGCACCAAUACGAGCAGUGUCACCACCACUAUUACACAAUCUACAGCAACAACCAACACAUCUAACACAGAAAAUAGUCAGCAGGCUAUCCAGAACUCUCAGUUUCUUCUUACAAGGUUGAAUGAUCCUAAGAUGUCAGAAGCAGAGCGUCAGUCAAUGGAAAGCGAACGGGCAGACCGUAGCCUAUUUGUUCAAGAGCUUCUACUGUCCACUUUGAUGCGGGAAGAAAGUUCCUCCUCAGAUGAGGAUGAGAGGGGGGAAAUUGCCGAUUUUGGUGCUAUGGGCUGUGUAGAUAUUAUGCCUUUAGAUGUUGCUUUAGAAAACCUAAAUUUAAAAGAGAGUAAUAAAGGAAACGAGCCUCCUCCACCUCCUCUUUGAUGACAUCCCACUUCGCAGACAAUGUCCUCUGUGCUGUAUUUGCCAAUGAAAGUGGACAACUACUAUCUUGGGUUUGUUUUGGUGAUUGUAAUUUCAGGUCUGUCACUCUUGUUACAUUGUGUACAUUCAAAAGGAAGAGAGAAAAGAUAUAUAUGAUAAUCAUUUCCACUUAACUAAUUUUUACUUCUAGCAGGUAAAUGUAGGUUGCAGUGCAGAGGAGAAACCUCUGUGUUCUGUACCUUGACAUGCAAAAGGCUCUCCUAAUACUCCACGUUCAAACUGAAGAGGAAAAAAUGAAAAAUCUCUAAUGAAGCUGCUGUGUGUAUUUAUGAAUAUUAAUGAAUAAAAACUGCUUGGAUGGUUUACCUUAA